AUGUUGUCUAGGCUGGUGCAGCAUAAUGAUCAAUUACCGCUAGAUAGAAAUAAGCUUACUAGAUUUCAUUCGAGGGGAGCACCGGGAAUAUCAAUCAACGAUUAUCUCAGUAGGAUACAUAAGUAUACGAAUACUGAUCUCAAGCCUUGCUGUUUACUAAUUCUACUCAUUUACAUUGAUAGAAUAAGCGUAAUUCUACCCGAGUUGACUAUAACAAGCUUGACAGUACACAGAUUCAUCAUCACUGCUAUCACCGUCUCGUCUAAAGCCCUAUGCGAUGUUUUCUGCACGGCGAGCCAUUACUCCAAGGUUGGCGGUAUUUCACUCAAUGAGUUGAAUUUAUUGGAGAGGGAGUUCUUGCGUAUUAUCGACUGGAAUCUCACUUGCGAUAACAAGCAAUUAGAAGAGUAUUACUUGAAUCUAGUGAAUAGCCAUCCCAACUAUACGCUUGGUGGGGGUGAUGGUGAUGAGGAUAUACACACACCUAACGACGACGCUAUUACUCUUUAUGCCUGCUCGCCUACCCACUCAAAACCACAAAUCAUUCCGCAAUCGAGACCAAACCACCAAGACAUCACCGAAUCACCACAGCAACGUCGACGACUGAGUUGA